GUUCCUUCGGAUUGUCUCUUCAGUUCACAGUGUGACUGGAGUUCGGAGGAGGAGAAAAGACUUCUUGACGCCGUUGAAACAUAUGGUUAUGGCAACUGGCACGAGGUGUCUGCACAGCUACCGUCUCGGACUGCUGCUGAUUGCCAGCACCACUUCGAUCAGUUCUAUGUCUUCGGGGUGAUAGGAAGACACACAAUAGGGAAAAGCAAUGAACGAUCCGGUGUUACUCUGGACCAUACUGUUGAUGAUCUCGGGGAACAGUGCGUCACAGCACUCGAUCUUCGGACGGAUGAGCAAAAAACCAUUGGUUAUAUGCCAUGUAGAGACGAGUUUGAAUAUGAGUAUUAUAAUAAUGCAGAACACAUACUUGUAUCAAUUCCAUAUGGCUUUGCCGACGGGUUGGAAACUGAUUUGAGACUGGCAUUAGUGGCCAUCUACAACAAGCAUUUAGCUGACCGACAUUGGCGUCACAGAAUUGCUCGGGAACAUGGCUUAAUACCUUUGUUGGUUCGUCAUCUCGUGGAACCCCAUCGCCGUAUGAACCAUUAUCGCUACCGUCCGACUGGCCGCUUCCGAGUUUACGGUGGCCUUGUUCAUCGCAAACGCAGAGCUGGUGUCUCGUUCACAUCAAGAUGUAGGCGAAAGAGUUCCAGGAGGCUUGUACCAAGCGGCAGUUCUCGUUUUCACCGUCAGUUAAAGUUUUUGACACAAUUGCCCGAACUUAGUGAACACCCGUUUGUUGACUAUUCUGGUCCCCAUCGAUUACUCACGUGCGACCACGUGCAAUCAAACUGUUCACCGAUCAAUACUUCCCUUUGCACUUCCUGUUCGGAUUCGCGUGUAUUACACGUACCUUUUACCUGUUCUACUAAUGAGCCGUGCACGGCGGCACAACAAAGCACCACUGCGCUGCAGAAUUCACUUCCUGAAUCGGACAGGUUUCAGCCGGGGGUCUUCACGUCCAGUAAAUCCAUGGGAGCCAGUCUUGGCUCGUACAAUCGAUUUAAAAAAAUGAGUCCAAAUAUGUCAAGCAAAUCCAAUGGCGAUGCACUAUGUUUUUCGUCAUUCUCGCGUUGUUUGGGUGUUUCGUCACACACUACUUCUGACUCUGGUGUUGGAUCUUGUGACUCGUGUGCUCAGUCUACUAUAUCUACCGGUAGUAUGAAUGGAGAUCCGUUCACAUACGCAUGCUCUUCUGGAACGCCCACAACGCGGCUUCCUCUCGGUCGGCGUCCUCGGAGCAAUUCUGAUUCGGUUUAUGUAUCUGGUCCAUUGUUUCCUGGUCGAAAAAGAUCUUCGGAACUCCUUGCUAAUUUACAGGAAUUACGUCAUCAGAGCGAGAGCACUCCCAGUUUAGUCCACCCAGUCGAACCUCCACCAUGGGUCACUGAGGAUAAACUUUCGGGAUCUCUGAACGCUGUUGCACAAGCAGCUGGUCCCUCCAGUCAGAUUGCUUCUAAAAGUACAGUAAAACGACGCGGUCGUCCAUCACGGAGACAACCCAAACGUCCUUUUCGACCUUCCUCAGUGUCGAAACUCGGUAACACGACUUCCGACGAAUAUCCUACCUGGAUGAAGCCUUUCCUGCGUUUUAUGUCUCAUCAGGAAGCGAGACGAUAU